AUGUUGUUCUCUCGACCAGUCCUCGACCGCUUCAGCAGCGUACUCGCUCUGAGCCUUUACGUCACCGGUUCCCUGGCUGGACCAUGUGAUAUUUACUCUUCUGGCGGCACCCCCUGUGUCGCUGCACACAGUACUACUCGCGCGCUGUACGACUCCUUCACCGGCGCCCUCUAUCAGGUUUCCCGUGGCUCUGACGGUGCUACUACCGAUAUAUCCCCUCUGUCCGCUGGCGGUGUUGCCAACGCCGCUGCCCAAGACACAUUCUGUGCCAGCACCACCUGUCUCAUUACCAUUAUUUACGACCAGUCUGGCAAUGGUAACCAUCUCACUCAGGCACCACCUGGAGGCGCUGCAAGCGGUCCUGACGCUAAUGGCUACGACUACCUUGCCAGCGCUAUUGGCGCACCAGUGACCUUGAACGGUUCCAAGGCCUACGGCGUCUUCAUUUCGCCAUUCACCGGCUACCGUAACAACGCCGCUGUCAAAACUGCCACCGGCGAUGAUCCAGAGGGCAUGUACGCAGUUUUGGAUGGUACCCACUACAACACCGGCUGCUGCUUCGACUACGGCAAUGCAGAGACCAGCAGCGAUGAUACUGGCAACGGCCACAUGGAGGCUAUUUACUUCGGCACUGGUGAUGGCUCUGGCCGUGGUACUGGUUCGGGUGCUGGUCCUUGGAUCAUGGCCGAUCUCGAGAACGGCUUGUUUUCUGGUUAUGACCCUAUCAACAACGAUGCAGACCCGACAAUCACCUCACGAUUCGUUACUGCUAUAAUCAAGGGAGAGCCCAAUCAGUGGGCAAUCCGUGGAGGUGAUGCUACCACCGGCUCGCUGUCGACAUAUUACAGCGGAAUUCGCCCCGCUAAUGGUUACUACCCAAUGGUCAAAGAGGGUGCUAUCAUUCUCGGUACUGGAGGUGACAACAGUGACCGUGCCCAAGGCACCUUCUACGAAGGUGUCAUGACCACCGGCUAUCCUUCCGAUGAUACCGAGAGCCAAGUCCAAGCCAACAUUGUCGCCGCUGGAUACGCCACUACAUCCCUCAUCAGCGGCCCCGGAUUGACCGUUGGUGAAAACAUCGCCCUACGCGCCACCACAUCAUGCUGCACAACACGCUACAUCACCCACACCGGCUCAACCGUGAACACCCAAGUCGUCACCUCAUCGGACGAUCUUACCACCAGACAAACAGCCAGCUGGACCGUCCGCACUGGUCUCGGUAACAGCGCCUGCUACUCCUUCGAAUCCGUCGACACCCCUGGCAGCUUCAUCCGUCAUUCCAACUACGAGCUCAUGCUCAACGCCAACGACGGCAGUAAGAUCUUUAGCGAGGACGCUACCUUCUGCCCCCAGUCCGGUCUCAAUGGUCAGGGCAACUCUUUCCGUUCCUGGAGUUACCCUACCCGUUACUGGCGUCACUACAACGCCGUCGGCUACAUCGCUAGCAACGGUGGUCCCUUUGACUUUGACAGCACUACUUCAUUCAACGACGACGUUAGCUUCGUCGUCAGCGUUGGCUUUGCUUAA